AUGGCUGAUUCAGAUCGAAACAUUGAAAGAGAUAUCAAUCGAUUUGAUGAUAUUUUCCAUCGAUGUGAUGAUGAUAUUGAUGAGGAAGAAGAUACAAACAUUGAUUUUGAUAACCUUUAUAUGAAUAUUGGCAAAGAUAAUAAUAAUGAUGUAAUUGAAAUUGAGCAAUUAAAUGAUGAUAAGAAUAAUUUGAUUGAUUCCGUGUUCAAAGAAGAAAAUUUAUCUCAAAAAUUAAGUCAAUUAUCAGCUACUGAUAAAGGGCAAGAGGAUAGCGAUAAAUCUAAACCAUCAACUGUCAAGAAAUGA